AUGGGGUCAGCCAACAGCGACGUCGCCAUCGGCAUAACCAUCAGCCUCACCGUCGUCUUCAGCCUGUUCCUCGUCUGCUGCUUCCUCAUUAGCUUCCUCAACCGAGGCGGAUGCAGAAUCAUUGCCGCUUUCUUCAGAAGAGAUAGCGCUGGACUUGCUGAAGCCGCCGAGAACUUCACCCGCCCCAUCCCCCGUCGCCGCGCAGCUGACCCAGACCUCGAAAACGACGCCUUCGAACUCCACGACCUCGCUCGCCCUCGUCUCCGUCCGCGCCCUGAGCGUCCGGGCUCUUUCUACGUUCAGGAGCGUAGAGACAGUAGGACCUGGCUCUGGGGAUGGGGCACACCCUAUGACUUCUAUGACCGCUCUGAGGACCAGGCUGGCUUGAACGGUGAACGUCCGCAGCAAGGCGGGCUUCAGCGUGAGCGUGGAAGUGGAACUAGAAGCGGAAGUGACGAAACGCUUCCUCGUUAUGAGCAUCCCCCUUCUUACCGGGGCUCCCGUACGCGCUCUUUGACUCAUUCUCAGGGUGGAGAGGCAAAUGCAGGUCCUCGUCCCGGUUCGCUGGAUGUUACUGAACGUGCCUCUGCAACCCAAGCAGCGAAUGCCACGGCAUCUGGACAGUGUGGCCAGACUGGGGAUGGGCUCCGUCGAGCUUCUUCUGAGGAUAUCGCUGGGAACCGUCGUUGGUCUACCGCUUGGACUAACUUUUAUUUUUGA